GGGACAGUCUGUCUGUGUGUGAACUCGGGAGGGGAAGCAGUGCUGUGCUGUUAAAACUCCCAGGAUUUACACUCUGCCAUUUUGAGGAAAACCGGCCGACAUUAAACACAAGCCAUGACCCGGAUCAGAGGACUACAUUUGUGAAAAAGUGAGUACUUUGUGACGCUUCUGUACACCGGGUCUGGUUGGAGUAGGCGGUGAUAGUUCAGGGGUUAGUUUUGGUGUUUCGGUGCACUCUUGGUAAAUGUUAACUCAAUCUGCUUCAGCUGGGUUAUGAGUGAAUGGUGUCGGCUGUAAAGUUGCGUUGAGUUCAGUAAAAGUAACGCAGAGUGACAGACUUCACAUCAAAACAAAGGCGCAAAUCUGACCCCAGAAGUGGGCCUCUCUGGUCCGGGUCCUGGGCCUGGCUGUGUUGUGGAUGACAGCACGCUGGUUCUGUUUUCUUUCUCCUCUCUCAGUUGCUGUGAGUGAAAAAAAAGUUGCUGUUUACCGCCGGUAGCUCGUGCGUUUGGCGUUUUUCUGACCCCGCGCUGCAAGAGGGCGACGUUACAGCAGGGUAUCAGUUACUUACACAGGGAUUUUAUUGUUUAUUUUAUUGUAUUGUGGGAAAAGAAGGUGAUUUUUUAGACAGAAAGUGUGUCCAUGCAACAAGAGAAAGCUAUCACUUACUACAGGCAAUGCUAGGGGAGACCGGGGACGGUUUUAACAGCGAUAAUUGAGCAUGUUCAGGUGGGGAGCUUAAGCUUAAAUCUGUACUUAAAAUUGAACGCUUUAAAAACAUGACACAUCAAACAUAAUUUAAUGUUUUUAUAUUACAUGGCCUGAUUGGCUGUCAGGUGCAACUUUGGGCUGAACUCUUGACUUUGUGCAGUUUUAAGUUGGUGCCUCCUCCACUGUUGCCUCUUAAUGUAGGUGGCAAGUCAUUACAUUUGUAGUUUUUGAAUAAGCUUUAGCUGUGAAAUCAAAGUCCAAGUCUUCUACAGUGUCAGCUUUUGAAGUCAGCAUUUCUAGUAUAGCGGUGUAAACUGCUGCACUUCAUCACAUCUCCUCAGAGACCAUUAGCAGCAGGAAUGUGGCAUCAGUUUUUCAGCUCUGCCAGUUAAAACACUUCUGUGCAUGUUUUUGAUCCAAACCAUGCUACCAGAGCGAUGUGUCAUCGCUCAGCGUGUGGCAGCAUUUUAGCUUCAUGUCUGUACUGAAGGAGGAGAGGGAGGCACACCAUAUUUUGUCCUCAGUUUGGGGUCAGCUGCAACAUUUGACUUGAGAUUUUCAUCAUAUGGCAGUCUUAAAGUGAUAAAGGUUUCCAGAUGAUAGAUUUGAUUGAAUACAUAUGAAUGAAUUAAAAGUAGUGAGUUUCUUUCAAACAGCUGAACAAUCCUACAAACUUAAAUUAAAGCUCCUAUGUGGACUUUUUGUUUUGUUUGAAUAUUGGCGCCCCCUGUGGACAGAGCAGGUUUUGCCUAUCUUGUCCUCUUUUCAACUUGCUGACCUUAACAGUCAAAUGUAUCACAGAUUGUGAGUAUUUAAGAGGAAAAUGGCCGACACCUACCCCAUUGCAGUGGUUUCAGGUGUCAAAUUUUAUGAAGGUUCAAAAAGUCGUUACAGGAGCUUUAAGGGCGCAGGUGUAACAGCUGUCGCCAGUCUCCCCCACAGUUUCAAUUACAUUAGAGGCUCAACCUGCAUUAACUGCUGCCAUUCAACAAGAGAUACCGGAUCGUGCUGGACUCAAGAUACCCUAAAAUAUGAGACAUAUCUUUUUAAAUAGUCAAAAUAAACCUCUUCUUGGAUUGAGUGAAAGGAGCAGAAAAGUUUUUAAGUUCCUGACAAACUUCAUCCAUAUAUUUCUGCGUAUUUUUCCAGUGAUGUCUCUUUAAACUGUAAGAAACACACACACUGUGUGUAUUCCUCCAAUACUCCCUGUAAUUGGGAGUGCCGGACUUUGACCACAAACACAACUUUGUUUUAUUCAGUUUGUUGAAGGCGUGAGGAGUCAAAAAUCUGCAGCUUUGUCUCUCGCUUUGUUUGACGGGACAGCAGACAGUGUUGUAACUGGAAAUGGGUCAUCAGAUUUCCAGCCCUGCACCAGAUUACAGAGUCAUUGUGGUCACCGCAGAAGUACUCCCCUAUCAAGUCAAACAGGAUACAGUCAUACUUAGUUUGUUUAUAUGCCUUUCCAAGGAAAGAGAUCCCCUCCUCCGUGUGAGAAGAGAGGAAAUAUCCAGAGAGUCCAACAGGAAGAUGUCUCUUUUUCUCAGGAAGCAUCUGUCCUCAAAGUUCAAGUUCAAGUGUGUGUUUUUAAUUCAUCUGCUUUAUUUUUAACGCAGGAAAAGUUUCCUCUCGGCCAUCAUGUGUCAGGCAUCUGCUGGAAAUAUGGCUUCCUGUCAUAGAGGGAUUUGUCCCCUCUUUGGCUGCGAUCAAUGCAAUAAUUAGGACAGAAAGGCUAAAUAACAGGAUGAAAUGGAUUUCAGGGUUUUUCCUGGCUCAAAUUGAGGCAGAGGUGGCACCAUCCUGACCAUGCGCCAUGACGUGCAUGUAUUUGUAAAUUCAACUGACUCACUUUCUUUUACAGGCAACAUACUUUAAGUUAAGAGUUCAAAAAAGAGUGUGACCAUUAUCAUGCUAAAGCAUUCAUUUAUUAAAACUAUAUACAUACACAAAUCAGCUGGCAACUUUAAAUUGAAAGUACACUUCAUCCACACAUCUCACAACCAGACAGAACAUUUCAGCCUCCUCUUUUUCAUUCUGUAGAACCUCCUCAUGCACUCCUUGUAGUCCAAGGCCUCCUGGUCUGGUCCAUCAACGGCCACCUUACAACAGACAUCCAAGUGCCUCUCCUUCAGUCUGUUCCGCAGAGGUGUCUUCACCUUAAACAAAACAAUUCAUCAUGCAUGAAGUAUUUUUUGUUUUUAUUCUGAUACAGACAUGAAGAGUGAUAGUGUUUUCAAUCAUAUAUUAUAUAUAUGUAUACGUUGCAGUGUCCUCCCUAAAAAAACGACAACCAAUUAUUUCUUAAACUAUCUAAACUAUGUUAUUUUAGUUUUUGUAACUUUAUUAGUUGAGUGUUUUUAGGUACUACCAUCUUUAAUAUACUUCUCCUUCUCUUCUGCUGCUUUGUGAAUGGCUGUCACCUCAUGUCUUUUUAAUGUGUCCAGCCUGUAGUUGGUUGAUGGCUGUCUCACUAAGGAGGCAGCAAUUGCCUGCUGUGUUGGGGCACAGUGCUUUUGGCAUCAAUAGCAGUGCAUGCAUUCCUCAGUAUGCCUGAGCCAGGUAAAUUGAUUGAGCCACUGCUUGUCAAAGCCACUGGCUCUGUGUUUUUGAGAAGAUCUGGAAAGAGGAAUAAAAACCACGUACACGUCGGUUUUGCGUUGUUAUGCUCCUAAUUGGAAACUAAUUAAUUAAUUACCCUCGCCUCGCCGACUCGUCCUGUCCUGCAUUCUGACCCUCGCGAUCACCAGUCCCUUGUGAAGUACUUUCAGACCUGACACAAAUUUCCACGUUGUCACCACCAUGAAUUAUAGCAUUUUAACUGCCUGUUCCUUUUUUUUCUCUGCUGUGUUUCACCUGGACUCUUGACUUUCCUCCUCGCGAGGUCGCUUUUUAAAGUACUGGCUGAUUUUGCCUGUCAUAUCUGCAACGCUAAAAAAACGGAGUAAACUUUUUUUUUAAAUAAACACGUCAUGCUCGGAUGCAAAAAAGACAUGCAGUAUUUACCUGUUUGUGUCCAGCCGCCAGGGAAAAUCAGGACGCCGAUAGCACCAACUAGCGGGAAAAAAAACAGGAUUCGAUCCGUUUCUUCUUCGGUAGAUGCUUCAGGUCUUUCCGAUGCACUGCUGUUGAUAUAGCGCCUCUAUAGUGGUGCAACGCUGCAACUGCAGUUAAAAUACGUUGCUGCUGCAGAGGGACAUCAUACGCUCAAUCAACACAGCUGGAGCUUUACGCUGUGUUGAGCGAAAUCAAUCGCUCUGGCUGGGGGCGGCACAAAAUUAGGUGGAGGCGGCCGCCACGCAAUUUUGAACGCAGGAAAAACCCUGGAUUUUAUCUUGAAGUACAUGAUCACCACUCUCACUGGAAUAGAGAGGUCACGUUUUAGUGAAUGCAAAAGGGCCGUUUUCACUCUCACAUCCUGCUUAGUUUGUUCCUCUUUUUGGACGGAUAUUUUGGUUUGUAUUAACAUCUUGUGAUAUUUUGAACUCAUGAUAUUCACGUUUCAUCAUUUUGUGGUUUGGUCUCAUUGGAGUUACAUUUUUGGCUUUUGCAACUUAAAUACGAUCCUUUCAGACAUGCAUGCAUACUCAUUUUUUCUUCUAGAGGAAGUCAGAUCAGCUGCUGUGAGAAAAUCCCCCACUACAGUUGGGUGCAGUUCAGUUCGAGUCUUGUGUAAAAACUUCCAAAUGCAUGAUGUAGUGAUUUGAACACAGACACACUCAGUCUUACAGAAGAGUCCACCUCCUUUUGCACACUCUAUCGAGCUCCCCCUCCUCCCUUUAACCAAACUGAGUACAGCAAGUUACAAUUUGAAGUCCUGCUGAGAGUUGCAUGAUGUCUUAUUAGCAAGUCCUGAAAUUAUUACAAGCAUGCCAGGAAUUCAGAUGCAGAAGAGUCUGUUCGCUGCCCCUGCAAAAGCCCCCGCCCUCCUUAACUUAUCUAUAUCCUGUCGUGUUAUAUAUACAACCCCUAAAUUAUGAUGGGUUUCUUGAGAGUUGUGUUUGCAGCAGUAUUACCUCGUGUGAGUUUUACAACAAUGCCAGCUGAUCUGAGUUAAAUGGGAUUUGCAGGAGACAUACUGGACAGUACAGCUCAGGGAGAUACUCAAUAUGAAGAAAUUAUUUGGGGAUCAGGGUCAUCUUUAGUUUUCUUUUUAAAAUUGCACUUCGACUUAGCAGCACCAAAGAAGAUUUCUGCAGCUUGCACAUGUCCGCUGUACGGAACUAUGAUGAAUUGUGGGCACUUUACAGUCGAGAAAUAACUAAAUAUCUCUAUUUAGAAGCAAAUACAUUUAUUAUUUUAGGUAGAAUCAAACCGAGAGUCAAAACACAAGGGUGUAAACAUGACAGAGAAAACUGAUCCCCAACUACCUCAGACAGGUAUGUUGGUACCAAGUCAUGAGAAGUUCGAUUUAGUUCAUUUUCAGCUGGACUAACUUGUUAACACAUAUUUUACAAGUCCAGUUUGAGUCGGACUAAUGCGAUAAAUCGAUUUUUUUGAGCUGCUUGAGCAAGAGCAACAGGAAAGUUCUGUCACAGGAGAAACUUGAUAAUCGAUCCAGGAUUGUGUAACCCUUCUGCUAUGUGCAAGUUGAAGUAAUGAUGCCAGAAUUUCCCCAAACUUCAGUUUUUUUAAGUCCACAUGAAUCCAGACAAAACUGUUUCUUAAAUCUUCACUUUGGACGAUGUUUUCACAACUUUUCAGUGACCUUGACCUACAUUUGUGUUACGGAUAGAGAUGAGGUUAGAACUGACAUGGUGGGAGCUUGUCACUCCUCAAGUAGGUACAGGAAUCUGAUCGUGAGGCCUCCAGGACACGACCGUUUAGAGGUGUUUAACUGUGAGAAGACAACCUGGUAGACCUGGAGCCCGCCAUAGGGAUUAUAUAUUUAACCUAACCUGAGGACAACCGAGCAUCCCCCAAGAAGGAGAAGGAGGUGAGGCUGCUGUAGCUGAAAACAGGUUGAUAAGUUGAAGAAGAUGCAUAGAUGUUUCCCCCAGAAAACAACUGCAUUUCAUGAAUUGUGAUGACAUUUCACGAGCCAAACUCCAAACACAAUAACUGUUUAAAAAUGUGCAGCAAAUUUUCACAAUAAACAUGUUACAAAACCAAAACACAUGGGAAAAAUUACGCUUCACAAAAGGCAUUAGUCACAGACAAGACAGAGCUCCUCAGAAAACCGAGUGGCAUUCAACAAAACCUCCCCAGUUCCCCAAAAGUCUAUUCAAUUUUAUAUUUUUAAACUUUUAAACCGUGGAAAAGUCUGAGAGCAUGAAUACUUCUGCAGCACCCGGUGUCAAAGUGCUGACUGACCUCUUUUUAAAGCUGACAAAUGCAUCUGUUUGGCAGCAUUAAGAGACGCCGUCUGAGCCAGUAAUUAUCAUGAUAUGACUCCGGGCUUCUGCGUGAGGUGUGUAUGUUAUUAUGGCUGCUCUGGGCUUCUAGAGUGCAGUCAUUCACAUGGGUAUAGUAAUAGUAAAUAAAUGAGAAACUGGAGUUGAUGCUGCGGGAUUAGAUGUGUCUGUUGUUUUAAUUUAAGAGCUGCAUUUUAACUUGGAGCAACAUGCAUCGAGAGAUUUCCUCACAGCCUGACUCCUGGGAUGAUAAAAACAUGAGAAAAUAAGUUCAAACUUGUAAAAGUCAUUCCUUAAACUUGCUUUUUAAGGUCGUCUUAGUGCUUAUUUUAACCCCAGGCAUCUUAUUUUAACUGAACCAACCUGAAUUUAUGGCCCGUAAAUCUGCCGCAUGGGUGAAAUUUGGUGUAACAACAUUAGGAUAAUAUUUGUUGACUGUUCACACAAAUACAGCUUGCUGGUAUUUCCUGUGUGCAGAGCUGCUUGUCCCAGAGGAAUGUGUGGAAUGUAUUCUUUUGUCCUCUGUAGAUUCAGCAGAGUCUCGUCUCUGUACGGCCUGAGAGAGACCCAGGAAGAGACGGCGGGGUGGAAAUGAGUCUGAAAAUCUGUCAGUAACCCCCUGUGGAGAGCUCAUCCUUCUGUGUCUGUGUCUUUGAACCCGGGCUGGAGGAUUUUGUAAGCCGGCGGAGUACGAAUGAACUUGUGGAAAAGUCCGCUAUCAUCGCCCCUCAUUAAAAAGGAUGUUCUCAUGUGUUGGACUGAAGACGUGUCAAUCCUCUUCCCCCACUUCUCGGUUUAUUUAUAGCGGGAGGAGGAACUUGCAACUGGAUGUCUUUAUGUAAGCCAUCGUGGUGAUCUUGAGGGGAGGAGGGCUGUAAUUUAGGCUCUCUGCUUUCAAUUAUUGUUUUUGAGAUUUUUAUGGAGAGAUGAGGCUUUUUAAGGGCCUCUGAGCUGGAUCUGUGAGAGGGGAGCUGCCAGCACAUCAAAAUCUAGACUAUAAUCGACUGGUAGGAACAUAAUCGGAGAGAUUACCACCAGGGAGGGGCCACAAAUCAUCUCAAUACCAGAUCCUGAUAAAUGUUUGUUGAUUCAGAUGAUAAUCUUUGGAUAUUUGUGCUUAAGGUUGAUUCAUUUAAGGGAGUAUCAGACAGACAUAGAAUAACACAAAUGAAAUAUAUUAGGGGGGUACUAAAUAAAAAGCAGUUUGAGGUGAUUUUGGUGCCCCCUGCAGCCAAAGACGUACAUCUUAUCACUCUGGGAAUCUUGCCCAUGCAAAAGUCGUGUUUUCUGCAAACUCUGCUAACAGUCAGGUGUGCCAAUCGUGAAUUAUGGCAGUUUUUCAGUGUGCCGUCAAUCAUUUGUUCUGACACCUACCCCCUCUCUGCAACUUUGGGGAUUAAAGUUUGCAAUUUAGAAAUGAUCAAUCACUGAUAGUCUUGUUUGUCUAAGUCAUGAAGAGGCACCAGUAUGAAUCAGAAAUUUAAAACCAAGUUUAAAGCACUUACUGGUGCUUUAAGCUCGGUUUUAAGGCGCCUUUAUGCAUAUGCAUGCACACAGAAUAAUCUGCAUCUGUAUCCCUGCACGUUCUCUGCCCCCUGUGGACAAAGUGGGAACUCUCACCUCCGGCUGAUUUUGUCUUGUGAAUUUGUAAAGUCAUUUCGGAUUAAAUGAAAAUCUCAUCCUGCUAUCUUGAAUAGAAACUAAAACUUGAGGGAAAUUUAUAGUUUUGUUGCUGAUGGUUUCAUUAUCUAUAUGAAAUGAAAUCUAUAUUAAUUUCGGUGCUUAUUUAUAUAAGAACAGUUUUUUACUCACCUUAAAAAAAUAUCUGCAUUCAUAUGACUGUUGUUGAAUUAUCUGUGCUGAUAAUUAGAUCCACAUAAAUCCACAAAAUCUGACUGAAAAAGCUCGAGUAAGUGUGCCAGACUAGUAGUCAUAACUUUUGUAAUGAAACGCCGCUGAAGAACAUCUUGCGCCUGCUUAAUGGAGCCAUGAGCACCAACUAAUCGACCGAUAACUUAACCCACAUGUCCAAACCAGGCUGUAAAUUCACUGUUUUCACAGGAGGCCGGGAAGUGCUUUUAAAAGAUCCAGAUUCUGAAGCCAGAUUUAAAAGUUAGCCAUAACCAAAGAGUUUCUAAUACUGAGCUGCUUUUUCUAUUUUUUUUUUCAACUAAUUUUAAUAAUCCUUUUUGUUUGAAGCAAGUUCAGUCCUCAAAACUUGCCUCUUAUUUCAUUGUUGCAUUAUGAGCAUUUGUCUCUUUUUAUUGCAUUGAAUAAGAAAACCAUUUUAGGUUAAAAAGUAAUGGUUUGUCACACAGCAACAGUGCGUUUAGUUUAUUGGACUGACACUCGUAGCCUUGAUAUUUCACUGUUUUGCUGCAGGCAGAGAAGAUCAAGUUAGCUCUCAAUUUAAUACUGAAAUGAAAAUAAUGUUGGAUUUAUUUUUGAUUCAGGAGGAACAUGUUGCACACAAAGGGACUGUGAAAUAGUUUUUCUGAAUUUAUUGCAUUUAUUGUUACUGCAAUAUUCAAGAUUGGAGGUUUUACUUUAUUCGUUCAUGCGAGUGGAUUCAGUUUUCAGACUCAGCCUCAGAAGCGAGAUGAAGAAAAACAAAACCCUAGAUAGUCCAUGAAUAAUACAGAAGUUUCUUUUACAUUUUGAACAUUGUAAUUAUACAAUAGAUAUAUUUCCAGCCUGUUGGAUGCCCACUGAAUACCAAAUCCACUGAAUCCAAACCUGCCCGAAUACUGCUGCUGUUGUUGAGCACCAAACUCAUGUGUACAUUAUAAUAUAUUCUGCAGACCUACUACGAGCGAGGAUAAAACAUUCAUCUUCCAGAGGUGCCUCACACGUUAAACCAGCUCUGGUACUCUCGAAAGCUUCCUGCAGUUUCAGCUGAUUCUCACAGUUCACUUCACGCUGGUUAAUGAGGCAGGAUCUCUGCCGCCAUGGCUGACUUUUCUCACACACAUUUUAAAGCAGGCUCGCUAUUAAAUAUUUAGACUCCGCUCGUUCUGAAGCUGAAGAUGUCUAAAGUACAACAUUUAAGCUCAUCAAUUCGCAUUAAAAAAACUUCCCAAACUUUUCAACUUAAGACUCCGUUUGAGAACUAGAAACAGCCUCUUUAAGUAUUCCUUCCUUUUCACUCGUAUUUUCGACAGAACUCCUCUGAGGAACCCUGAGUGAAAUAGUUAGAGUAUGUAAAUACCGAACAUUUUUAACCUGUUGUGAGGUUUGAGCUAAAAAGUCUUCAAGGUUCACUUCCUUUUCUUCACAGGAAUCUUUGCCCAUACGGAUAAAGGCGGCAGCUCUGUAUCCUGUGUUUGCACUUUUUACAAUAAAGGAAUAGAAAACUAAACUGAUAGUCUGAAGUUAUGCUCACUUCUCUCUUAUACUUAAAAAGGCACACUGAACUGAAAUCACCUCUACACACCACAGUGUUGCUAUAUUCCUGUACAGCAGUGUGUUCAAAUUUAAGCUCUAAAGACAGCUGAUUGGCUGUAAAGUUAUCUCUGUUGCAGGAAUAUUGUCAGCAUGACCCAAACCAGGUUUUGAGGGACUGUGAGAGUCUGUUAAAGUUUCCAUUGUUUGGACUAUUUUGGUGUUAAUAGAUUCAAAACACACUCAAAGUCUAAGUGGUUUUACCCAUUUGUUUUCAAAGCAGUUUAUAACGUCUCAUUUGAAAUGCUGACUCAGUAGGAAAAAAAAUGCUGACUCAUCUUGAAUUUAGGUCAAUGACAACUGUUAAGUUAGCCACGCCCCCUAAAACUGCCAAAUGAAACCUAAUUUGGCUUUCUUACAAUGUGUACAGUUAAAGGGAAGUGAGACAUAAAACUAUUUCACUUUGACACUGGUGUUAAAGAGUCUUCUGGGCUUUAAGAGCCAGCCUCUUGUGGACACCGAGGAACUGCAGGUAUUCUCACUACAGCAUCACAUAACUUGCCUUUGCACAUUUAUUCCAGAAACCUUUAAAAAGAACUUUUUAGUUGACCACAAUUCUGCCCAAGUGUGCAAUUGUUGUAUUGUAUAGUCUUUUAGAGUAUUGUGCUGUACCACACAGUAUUGAGAGUCAGCCAUCAUAUCGAAUCAGCGGAGUUUCGCAGCUCAAGGAAGAACAUUUAUGAUUAUUACUUCAUGGAAAUGCAAUCAGACUGAGAUGCUAAGGCAGAGGAACUACCGCGUCUGCAGUGCAAAAUGAUUAAUAUGAUGAUUAAACUUUAUGGAAACGAUACGCUGCACUUGGUGAUUGACUCGUCAAGGCUCCCCCACAAACAAGCGGCUGCUGGAGGAGAGUGAAUGAGUUGUGUUUGGCCUCUUAGCUAAAGAAAUCAGGCAAAGCUAAAAAGAUGUUUGGUGGCUAGGACCCUAUAUGUACUGUUGAUGAAGUUAGGUGCUGUUCUGAGCAUUAUUUGUGGCUAUAGAGUGGCAUUUUGGUUGAGGUUUGCUCGUGGAGACGUAGGCCACUGUGUAUUGCUAUGGUGCUGUCGUUACUUAAGUUACUAGAGAAGCAAGCAGUCAGCAACAUUCACCUCUUGAGGGGGUAUCUCUCAGUGUUACAGUGUGUUUGACCAUAACUUAAAUCUACACUGAAAUAUCCCUUUAAGAGCUACCUUCCCAUAAGUCAAUGUAUAAAGAUCAAUUCUCCUCACUGUAAACCUUCAGUAUAGAUAUAAAGAAUAUAGAGAGUCUGUAUUGACAAAAUGUUGAUGUGGACGCUGACUCCACAUCUGUCAUUUUAUGGCACUUUUUUAAUUAUAAUGAGAACCUGCACUUCAUCCACCAUCUACCAUCCUGACUCUUCAGAGUUCCUUUAAUUGAGUUUCAGUCUACAGGUUUUUAAUCUCGGGUGUCACAGAGAGAGAAUCUCCCGCUGCUGCUCCGACACUGAACUGCAGAGUGCUUACUUCAGCUUUUACAUCAAAUGAGCCUCGGUUAAUUGUGGUGUUAACACGUUUAAAUGUGUUCUAGGUUUUCAAGGUCAGCCUCUCAUUAAGUUUUAAUGCAGUACCUCAAGGAAAUAUGUUUUAUUUAUAUCCCCAAGAGCGCGCUCUCUCUCUUCUCUCUGAGUGGACCUGCUCAAGAUCUCUACAGAUGUGACUGAGAGCAUAUGUGUGUGGAGUAUUUUUUUGUUUUUCAUGUCUUUAAAUUUCCUUUUUUUUCUUUCUUGCAGAGGAGAAGGCCUCAGAAGAGGGGGAACAGUUUACCCGACAAAAGAGGGCUUUUUGUUUGAAUCGGUCCUCAGUCCUCUUCAGCCAUGUGUUCCACUAAUCACUCAAACUGGGUCACUUUUGAAGAUGACAACACACCGCUCUCGUCUCCUCAGAAGCCCCUACAGUCACCAGGGCUUAUCAAAGCAUCAGUGCCACGUCCCAAUGGUCUGAAAUUAGUUCUUCCUCCGAUCAGAGAUACUUCCUGGAGCUUCAAUAGUUCACUGGAAUCCCCUCAGAGCCAGUCGAGUCUUCGUGGAAGUUCUUGUGUCCCGUGUAACACACCCUUUUGCACUCCUGUGAGUGGGGUUCCCAGCAGCUCGUCCCCAUUUCACUCCACCACACGGGAAAAGAACGAUUUCUUCCGGAGUUUCUCCACCCCGUCGACCACGUCUGCUCCCUCUCCUGCACCAGAGGCCUUAAAUCAAACCUCAGACGGACCAAGCCCCUUCCCUUCUUUCCAGGGGCGCUCAGGACACACAAACCCUUUCUGGGAUGGAUCCAGAUACAGCGCAGGGGCGGACAGUUCCUCCUCUUCCUCAGACUCUGAAUCUAACAACAGCCUACCACGUUUCUUUAUUCGGACCAAAGAUGGCAGUGACCCUUCUCAAGACCCACUCCAGAGCUCCUUCUCCUCUUACGUUUGCAACAAACUGGAAAGUUUGCGUGCGGAUUCGGACCAAGAAACAGAGACUGAAAGAGAUGGCGAGAGACGGCUAAGCUGCCAAAACGAGGUCUUAACUGAGAGUUCGUCUCUGUUUGUUCCGCGUGGACUCUUUCGGAGCCAGAAGCGGGACGGCUGGUCUGUCAUGCUGAGGAUCCCCGAGAAAAAGAACCGCAUGUCUUCUCGUCAGUGGGGGCCGAUCUAUUUGCGCUUGCUUCCAGGUGGGGUGUUGCAGAUGUACUACGAGAAAGGGCUGGAGAAACCGUUCAAAGAGUUCCAGCUCCUCCCUCAGUGCAGGAUCUCUGACCUCAAACUGGAAAGCUACGGAGAGCCGCGCAAAGUCCUCUCGCUCAAGGUGGAGCAUUUCUCGUACAUAGAGAAGAAGCGAUUUCAUCCAAAGUUGGAGGUCAAUCAUGAGGCGGAGGUAGAUCAGCUGCUAAAGUUUGGUUCAACGGUGCACGAGGACAUGGAGGACCUGGUGGUCUCCAUGGAGGAGGAGAUCUUCAAACUGGGUGUGCCUCACCAGCCGAGAAAACACUACGAGGAGCAGGAGCUGUCGCUGCAGAUCACCGAUCACAUCUGGGUACGACUGGAUAAGAGCGGAGGAGUCUUGGAGCGAACAGCUUUAACACAGAUCCACUGUUUGGCUUUCCUGAUCGGACUCGGGGAUUGUUUUCUCGCUCUGAACGAUCUCAGGCUGCUGCACUUUGACUCCAGCUACGGGUCAGAGGAGGAACUCUGGAUGGAGAUCAUCGACUGCCACUUUCACCAGUGUGUCAACGAGUCGGAGUUCCAGAGGUCCAGGCUGAUCAAGUUCUCCCCUCCAGACGCCUGCAGGGUGGAGCUGAUGCGGUACAAGACCUUUCUUCUGGGCUGCACAGAGAUUCCUUUCUCGAUCAAAGCCGUGGUCACAGUACAAGGUGCCUAUGUGGAGCUCCAGGCCUUUCUCAACAUGUCAGCCACCUUCCUCACCUCCAUGGGGGUUUCAGACACAUACCCACUGUGUGAGAAUGUAGUGAUCCGCGUGCCGGUGCCAGGCGACUGGGUCAAAGUGACACAGACUGUGGCUUUGCUGCGACAGAGGUCUUUGAAGGCCCGCAUGAACAGAAACGCAUGCUUGGGCGCCGUCAGCGCUACAGACUCACAGCCAGUCAUGCAGGUGACAGUCGGCACCGUCAAAUAUGAGAAUGUAUACUCAGCUAUCGUGUGGAGGAUCGACAGACUACCUGCUAAGAACACAGGUAAGCUUGCAAACAAGAUAGUCAGUGACCUGAUGUAGAGGAGACAGUGCAGAGCUGAAAAUAUGUUACUGAUGAUAAAAAACUCUGACAUAAGUUUGUUUCGUUUUCACUGACAAGACGAGAUCAUUGUUAGCGUGUUAGCGGUUGACUAUUGGACAUUCAAAAUCUGACAGUUUCUUCUCCACUGUGCAUCAAAUCUGUCCAAAUACAUUUGAUACAUUUCUCUAACAGGCUGAGUAAAGGUCUUGGCGUUGUGAGUCCAUGUUUUUGUCCAAAACUGCUGCAUGGUUAAAAUCAAAACAAAAGGACGAUACGGUGUCGAUCCUGUUUACACACUUUGCCCGUCACCAUUUUUGCAGUAACGCUCUUUUUUACAUCCAUCCAUCCAUCCAUCCAGGGCUCGAAGACUCAAUUUUUUGUGCUGCCAACUUUCGCAGCGAAUAGAAAAUAAAAGCUGAUGGGCUCUAUUCCAUUCCAUUUACGUGUAAACACAGUUUCAAGUCACUAAAAUAAGAUUUUAGAAAAUACCCUCCAAGGUAGAGACAUAAAACAUUGCUAUUUAGCGCUGGUGUUUUAAUAAUUGUGUUGCACAGAUCUGGAUGUAGCCAAACCUACGUAGACAAAUGCGCUCCAGAUCCCCUCUGAAUGAGGUCUGGUUGAUUCUUUCACAGUGUAUCCUCAAUGCUUCUUUUGUGCGCUCACUCUGGACUUACAGCUACCCGCUAAUGAUCAGCUCACUCUGCACGCAUGUUAACACCAGGUGUAGAAAUUCCACUCUCUUAUUAUUAGCUCCUUUACAGUGCAGCUCUCCAACUGUAAGCCACCUUUGUUUUCUCCUCUGCAGCGGUGGAUCAUCCACAUUCACUCUCCUGCAAGCUCGAGCUGGGAUCGGAUCAGGAGAUCCCGACUGACUGGUACCCUUUUGUCACCAUGGAAUGUGAAAUUAUGGGCGCCGUCGUGUCACAGACGAGAGUGAAGUCACUAGGCACUGUGAACGACAUCCAGCCGCAGAAACACGUGACCAGCUGGACUCGCUAUCAUUGUCAGGUAAGAUUUGAUGCUAUCUCUCUGGAUAUAUCCACCAGACCCGACGUGGGAGAGAAGAAAGGUCCUUAUUUGCAUUUUAAAAACCUGUUUCUAUUCAUUCCUCCAGGUGGAAGUGGAGAAGAAAUGGAUUGAAACAGACUCACAGAAGCAGUCCAGCUGUAUGACGCAGUGAUUGUUCAAGAAACUCUGAGGACUGUUUCCCCCUUUGGUCCUUUUACAUUUGCCAAAAUCUUCAUCUUCAAGCUGAAAAGGGAUUAAAAAAAAGAACAAAAACAAGGGUGAUGAGGGACUUUCUGCUUGUAUCGGGUGUCACAUUCAUCUAAUCACUCAUAACCUGGUAGUAUAUCUCAUGGAGGUAAACCUGAUUUUGUAUCCUUUAACUGAGACUGACUUAGUCUAGAGCUAAUGAACAAAUUUAACAUGGUCCUUCUGCCUAGCACUUUACAUGUCAUAGAUUUAUCAUUAUGUAAGAUUAUAGUUUAUAUAAGUACUGUAUAUAAGCUUGCAUUUGCAUCAGCUGCACUGCCCUCCAGAAUAACCAGCAUCUUUAUUAAAUGUCUCUUAAUAAAUGUAAACACACACACAGACAGGCUGCAGGAGAUAAACAACAGAAGUAAUGAGCUGUGUUCACUGUGAGAGAAGCGAAUUAUCAGCAGGAGGUCAGGGGUCACACAAAUGGUGUUAAUGCCUGUUUGUACAAUAUAGUUUUGGUUGUUAUUGGCUUAACGUCAAAAUAAUGUCUGACGCUAAUACUUGGCCAGUAAAUAACAGCACCCUUUAUAACUAACCCUGUGCAAAUCACAUCAACAUAACUGAGUGUGCUUUUUGAACAUGGGAGGCUGAUAAUAUUAUGCAGUGAGUGAAGUUCAUCUUCUAUCUCUCAGAGGGAAUAAAACUCAUUACUUUUGUUGCUCACCUCAAGCCAACCUCUGACUUUAUACCAAGCUUGCAUUCUGGAGGACUGUAAUGUUAUUUAAGCAAAUCAAAACUUUAUUAUGUGAUCUUUCUGCCUCUGGGGUUUUUGAAUACGUUGGAUAAAGAUAAAUUCAAUAAAUGGUGGAGCUUCAUAGCUUAAAUCAAAGCCUUUAAUUAUGACUUUUAUGUAUGGGGUACCUGGCUUUAGCUGGAUAUUAUGUACAUCAAGAGUAAAAGCUGAAUUAAAGCUGAGCGAGUGGUGGUGCUUCUUUAUCAGACCCCUAAUUCUGCUUUAUUUACUCAUUUCCCCAUUAAAAAAAGUGCAACUAUGCCAGUCUAAAGACGGCAAUGUUUGUUAUUUGCAUGAAUAAAACACACACUGAGCAUUGCUUGUCAAACCAAACACAAAAGAAAACACAAAUAUUUCAUGAUAAUUCAUAAGAGACAAAGGCAAAAUAGAUUUAAACAAACAAAUGUCAAAGCAGCCGAAUGUCAUUGUUCUGUCAUGAGACUGUGACGACACCCUGCAGAGAGUAAUAACAGGCUGCUGCUGAAUAAAUGAUGUGUGAUUUUGCUGAAAGUGUUACAUGCUGCGUGAUAGUUUAAUUUGAUUGUUUAUAAACAUGCGCAGUAAAAGAAAAAAGUACCUUACCCUGGCACUUUUUUUAUUUUGUAUUGAUGGGUUAUGUUAGAAAAAUAUGCUCAAAGUAAAACAGGGAUAUGAAAGGAAAAAACAUAAUUUAUUAAAGUAUGGUGUGUAAUGAAAAAAAAAAGUUAGGAGAAACUUUGGUUGAAAAAAAGUGUGAGAUUGAAUUCUGAUGAAAAAAAAGUCUUAAAUGUCAGUCUGUUUAAAGGAAUCCUGGUUCAAAUUUAAAAGCAAACUUUGUGUGGAAAUUGUUUGUUUGAUUUUUGCUCCUGACAAAGACCAAAAACAAUUUUUAUUUACUGAAAUAAAAAUACAUACAAGGCAUUAAAAA